GUGUUUAUGGAAUUUUAAAUCUGCAAGUAUCCUUGGCAUCUCUAAUUUCCUUAGCUCCAUCUUUCCAAAGUGGGUGCACAUAGAAACAGGUGAAUGGAGCAAAAGACAAUGAGAAAAGAGUUGUAGGAAGAAUAUGUUGUCACAGCUGAGAAAUGUUGCUACAUUUCCCUCAAGUGUGAAUACUUUAUUUGUGAAUUGCAUGCAUCCAAAGUAUAGCCACACUGGUGGAUUCCUGUAUACUUGUUUCUGUUAUGUAAACUCUCAUUUAUUUUCCAAAAGCUGUCUCUGCUCUGUGGAACCAGAUAAUCUAACAGAUGUGUUGGAGUUCCUCCUCCUGGGGUUCUCAGAUGAUCCAGACCGGCAGCCUCUAACCUUCAGCCUGUUCCUGUCCAUGUAUGUGGUCACCAUACUUGGGAAUCUGCUCAUCAUCCUGGCUGUCAGCUCUGACUCCCACCUCCACACUCCCAUGUACGUCUUCCUUUCCAUCCUGUCCGUGGCUGACAUCGGUUUCACAUCUACCACCGUCCCGAAGGUGAUUUUGGACAUUCAGACUCAUAACCGAGUGAUCUCCCAUGCGGGCUGCCUGAUUCAGUUGUCUCUCUUUAAUCUUUUUGGCUGUUUGGACAGUGUACUCUUAACCGUGAUGGCCUAUGAUCGAUUUGUAGCUAUUUGCUAUCCUCUGUACUACCCAGUCAUCAUGAACCCCCGCCUCUGUCGCCUGCUGAUUCUGGUGUCUUUUUUGAUCAGCCUUCUGGACUCUCAGCUGCAAUGCCUCAUUGUGUCACAACUUACCUUCUGUACAAACGUGGAAAUUCCCCAUUUCUUCUGUGACCCUCCUCAACUCCUCAAGCUUUCCUGUAAUGACACUUCCACCAAUAAAAUAUUCAUGUAUUUUAUUGGUGCCAUCUUUGGUGGUAUUCCAGUCUCAGGGAUCCUUUUCUCUUAUACACGAAUUCUUUCCUCCGUUCUGAGAGUCCCAUCAACAGGUGGGAAGUACAAAGCCUUCUCCACCUGUGGCUCUCACCUGUCAGUUGUUUGCUUAUUUUAUGGGACAGGUCUUGGGGUGUUCCUGGGAUCGACUGUCUCACAUUCUCCCAGGAAGGAUGCAGUGGCCUCCAUGAUGUAUGCUGUGGUUGCUCCCAUGCUGAAUCCCUUCAUCUACAGCCUGAGGAACAGGGACAUCAAGAGGGCCUUGCAGAGGCUCCUUAACAGAACAGCCUAGUCUUAAUACUUGGGCUUUUUUUGUGUGUGUGCCUAUUGAUCAGAAAUGAUUGCCAAACCAAACAUAUGGAAUUGGCAAGCGUGCCUCUUUGGCCACAUUUUUUGUAGGUCGUGGUCCAUUCCUCUUGAUUUGUCAUUUCUAAAUAUUGCUUAUCUUGGCACCCUUUUGAUGGAAUUAUGGGAGUAUUCCAGGACGCUAUGUAUCCCAAUAUCACUGCACAAUUGAAUCUCUUUAUACCUAUGGAGUCUUCUGAUUUGUCACCUAUGACCCGAGCUUCCUGUAGAAAUUCACAGCUCCCUUUUCAAAUAGAUACACAAUUCUCAGCCAUUUUCACCAUCAUGUCUAUUAUCCAUGAAAGUUUGGCUUUGGUCAAAUCUAUUUAUCCAUGUUGUGUGAGAGAAUGUGUGUCACUGGUCCGUAAUCUUGGCUUCCUAUUUGGAGUAUCUGAUAAGCCUUUUAAAAUCCUCAUACUAUGGAGUGCCUGGUUGACUCAAUCAGAAGAGUGAGCAACUCUUGAUCUUGAGGUUGUAAGUUCGAGC